GCGAGGAUUUGGAGCAAACACUUGUGUGUGCUCUGCUUGUCUGUAAAAAAAGUAAAAAUCAAACUGCUCGCCGUGUGUACUGCUCACACUGACACUCAAAGAGCUACGGAAUAACUUGCAGUUUUGUUUUUCAGUUAAUAAAAUGUCCUCUAUUAGGAAGCGCUGACAAAAUUCCUAAUGAUAAACCGAAACCGUUGCGCAGUACCCUAAACUAAUACAAAAGUAAAAAGUAAUAAAAUCCUAAGGCAUUAAAGUGAACGCGAUUGAACGCGGCUGGAAGUCAAUAAAAAUAAAAUACAUAAAAUCAACUUGUGGUCCAGGAAAUAAUGUCAGCCACUGGCAGCCCGACCACUGCCAUAACCAGUGCGACUGUGAGGACAGUGGAAGCCAUAUUUAGCAGCACGGCUUCAAACUCAGACAGCCCCAGUGCCCUGCUUCGCAACCCAAUGCCCACUCAAUCGUCCAUUUCCUCAUUCACUCCAACUCCCGCUCCCGCCACCAUGGGCGGCCCGGAAGAGAAACUCAGCGUGAAGGAUUUAGGCGAGACGCUGCAGCACUUUGGUGUGGUCGACUAUAUGGUGUUCAUAGUCAUGCUGGCGGUCUGCGCCGUCAUCGGCAUCUAUUUCGGUUUCAUCGAAAAGAAGCAAAAGUCCAAGAAGAAGAAGGGCGGCCAGGGGCUGGCUUGCAAGGAUGAGGCUGGUGCGGCUGGCGUGGAGGAGCGACGCGGCUCUGAGGCAUUGGAUUAUCUUGUAGGCGGUCGUCAAAUGAAAGUGUUUCCGGUCGCACUGUCACUGGUGGCCAGCUUCGUCUCGGGCAUUUCCCUGCUGGGCACUUCGACGGAGAUUUAUGUCUAUGGCACACAAUACGCCUUCAUUCUGGUCACCCUGGCCAUCUCAGGCGCCAUUUCGUGGUACAUUUUCCUGCCGGUGUUCUGCAAUCUGCAGCUGACAUCCACCUAUGAGUACUUUGAGAUGCGCUUUAACAAGUCGGUACGACUGCUGGGAUCCACACUCUUCACGUGCUCAAAUCUCAUCUGGCUGCCCAUUGUCAUCUUUGUCCCGGCACUGGCGUUCAAUCAAGUCACCGGCAUAAAUAUACACAUCAUCACACCCAUCGUAUGCGUUGUUUGCAUUUUCUACACAACUGCCGGUGGGUUGAAGGCCGUUGUUUGGACAGAUGUGAUCCAGACCUUCGUUAUGGUCAUUGCCAUUUUCUUUGUCAUUAUCAAGGGUACCAUGGAUGUGGGUGGCCUGGGUGUUGUUAUUCAACGCAACUUUGACAGCGGACGUCUUGAGUGGCCGGAAUGGACUUUUGAUCCCAAAGUACGCAUGUCCAUGCUGGCCAUGUUGUUGGGUAAUGUGGGCCAUAAUGCCUAUGCCUUAGGAUGCAAUCAGAUCAUUAUACAACGGUAUAACUCGCUGCCCGGCAAGAAGGAGAUGGCUCAGACUUCGCUCAUCUUUAUUGUCGGUUUGACGGUUCUCAAUGCGGUUUGCCUGUACAACGGACUUUUGCUGUAUGCCACAUACUACGACUGCGAUCCACUGACUACAAAGCUGGCUAUGGCCAAGGAUCAGUUAGUCCCUCUUCUCGUGGUGCAGUCUCUUAGCUCAUUUCCUGGCGUUCCCGGCAUGUUUGUGGCUGGUGUUUUUAGUGCUGCACUCAGCUCUCUGUCCACGGGUCUCAACUCACUGGCUGCUGUCUUUCUAGAGGAUUACAUAAAGCCAUUGCGCAAGAAAUCCAUGACGGAGCAUGAGGUUGCCAUCACCGUGCGCCUCUGCACGGUCAUUAUUGGGGUGCUCUCGGUGGCCCUCGUAUUUGUGGUCGAGCGCAUGGGCACUCACGUGAUGCAGCUGUCCAUGACCGUCGGUGCAAUUGUCAAUGGUCCGCUGGUGGCGCUGUUUGUCAUGGGAUUGCUAAUCCCAAGCAUCAACUCAAAGAGCGCACUGUUGGGCACCGUUGUUUCGUUUUUCUUCAUGGCCUGGCUGUGCCUUUCCGCCCAAAUGGCUGUCACCUCCGGCGAGAUGCAGUGGCAGACCAAGCCGGUGAGCACGGAUGGCUGCACCUAUGAGUUUGAGCGUCCCAUGGUGACGCCAGAUAAUGCCACCAGACCAACGGUAGAGCAUAAUUCCUUGAGCUUUGGUGAGGAGAUCUAUCAUGUUUCCUUCAUGUUUUACUCCAUGAUUGGGGCUGCCGUGGCUGUUGUGGUGGCCCAACUGGCCGGUUUCUUCUUUGGCCGCAAUAAACCCGAAGAUGUGGACCUAGAGCUGCUCUCCCCCUGCAUUCGCAGAUUCUACAAGUCCAACUAUGCCAGCGUGCAACUGGAAGAGAAUACACUGACGAAUUUCAAUGAGAAAUGUUAGAGAAAAUCUCUCGACGAGACCCAAUGUACUUAUCAAUAAAAUUAACUAUUAAGUGAGA